AUGAACUCAAGCCAGAAUCCUUUUGAAGAGGCUUUUAUGAAGAACUUAAUUACAGUUGGGUUGGGUGGCAUCAUAACCUACAUCAAUGGAAUCUUUGUGAUUGCCUUUUUUAAAAAUCCAGUUUUCUACACCGACACAAGAUACAUUCUGUACAUUCACCUCGUCAUCAAUGACAUAAUUAUGCUCUUCCUUUCAGUUACUCUGCAUGUCCUCAUUUAUACUGUACCUCUUUUGAAUGUCACAGUCUGCAGUUUUCUGCUUCUGUUCGCCACAACAACUAAAGAAAACACUCCACUGAAUCUAGCUGGAAUGGCCUUGGAACGCUACAUUGCCAUCUGCAAACCGCUGCAUUACCCUCAGCUUUGCACAGUGAACAGGACCUACAUCCUCAUCGGCCUGAUAUGGCUUCUGUCUUCUAUUCCUGCACUAACUGAUAUCAUUAUUGUUUUGGUGAAUGAACCCAUCAGUAUUUUUUCAACAUCCAUUAUUUGCUAUUUUAAGAGUCUUUUUAACACAAAUCAGCACCUCAUCAGAACAAUCUCUGUAGAGUCCCUUUAUUUAUCAUGUGUGUGGAUGACGCUGAUCUUUACUUACUUCAGGGUUCUUCAGGCAACUAAAGCUGCAACCUCUGAUCAGGUUUCUGCCAAAAAAGCCCGGAACACUAUUUUGCUCCAUGGCCUGCAGCUCCUUCUUUGUAUGCUUGGCUAUAUUACUCCAAUUAUAAACUACUUUUUCUUAGCACUGUUCUCAAACUAUAGAAGCACGAUUUUGUUCAGUUCCUAUUUAAUGGCUAACGUUAUUCCAAGGCUACUCAGUCCUCUAAUAUAUGGAUUCCGAGAUCAAAAAAUGUUCAGAUAUGUUAGAAUGUAUUUAACGUGCAGUCUGUUCCUCACAAAGAUUGAACCAAAUGAAGUUGAGUCUUAGAGUUCAGUUUUUACAAGUCAAAGAAUAUUGAAAUUUGAUUUCAUGAUUUCUGACUAUUUAAUCAGAGCUGUGAGUGUAUGUUAUAGAUGAUGUAUCUCAGUGGAGAGGCCAACCAUGAAAAUUUGCACCUUAACAAUGUGUUGGUAUGAAUGAUGCACAUGUGAUGUCUACCUACUGCAAGUUAAACCAUAUUCAAUAUAUUCUAAAAUAUGGCACUAGAUCAAAGGCACAUUGCUGGAAGAGAA